AUGGAGGCUACUUUUGUUGUAGUGGGAGGAGGGAUUGCUGGCGUUAGUUGUGCAGAAACUUUAGCGUUUUUGGAACCUGAGAAAACAAUCAUUUUAAUUAGUGAAUCAUCUCUUAUUAAAACUGUUACAAAUUUGCACGCAAUUACGCGAACUUUGACCGAUUUUGAUAUUUCUGAAACCGAUUCAAGUUAUUUAACAAAUAAAUAUUUAAAUGUGACUGUUGUCCAUGAUAAACUAACUGAAAUCAAUGACACUGAACACUUCGUAAUCACGUCUUCUAGCAAAAUUAAAUACGGGUUUUUAUGCUUGUGUAUGGGGGCUGAGCCAAAACUAAUCCCGCAAGCUUCCUCAUUUCCUCAAAUCAUUGGGAUUAGAGACACCGAUUCCGUUGAAAAUUUCGUCGAGAGACUGAAAACAGCGAAAAAAGUUGUUGUAGUCGGAAACGGGGGCAUAGCAUCAGAGGUAGUUUUCAAAAUUAGGAAUGUGGACGUGCAUUGGGUGGUCCGCGAUAAACACAUUUCUGCCACUUUCGUCGACCCUGGCGCUGCUGAAUUUUUCCAACCCGCUUUAACCCAAGGAAAAUCACCCCAGGAACCAGUGUAUAGAAGAAUGAGAUACAGCGAGGACAACUUCACCAGGUCUGGGGCCGCUUUGGGGCCCGAUUGGUACAAAAACCUGUCCAUAACCGGGGGCAAAGCCCCCGCAAACACCGACAUGAAGAUUCACUAUGAAGCAGAGGUCACAAGUGUGGAAGUUUUGGAAAACUCCGAUUUCCCAAUUCAAGUCACUUUAACCAACAGUUUGAGAAUCCCUUGCGACCUUGUCGUUUCCGCAACCGGGGUGCUCCCACGUCGAAACUUUACGACUUCACACGAAUUUGCAAGGUCUGAAGAUGGGGGUCUCCAAGUCAACGAAUUCAUGCAGACUUCCCUCAAAGACGUCUACGCCGCGGGGGACAUUUGCACCGCCAGUUGGCCCCCAGCUAAACACUGGUUCCAGAUGAAGCUGUGGACGCAAGCGAGACAAAUGGGCUGCUACGCGGCCAAAUGCAUGUCAGCCCAUUCCAAAAACGAGGCUUUAUUGCAAGACUUUUGCUUUGAGAUGUUUGCACAUUCGACGAAACUUUUCGGGUAUAAAGUAAUCUUAUUGGGGCUUUAUAACGGCCAGAAGUUGGGGCGGAAUUAUGAAAUUUUGCUACGAAUGACCAAGGAGAAGGAAUACAUUAAGUUCGUUCUCGAAGACAAUAAAUUGCAAGGGGCUGUUCUUAUCGGCGAUACCGAUUUGGAGGAAAUGUGCGAGAAUUUAAUUUUGAAUCAGUUGGAUUUGGGGCCCUAUGGGGACGACAUUUUGAACCCAAACAUUGAUAUUGAGGACUAUUUUGAUUGAUUGUGUUGCAAAUUUUGUAGUUGUUAAUAAAUUUUUGAGUCAUGA